CUCCUUGCAAGUGUUCACUAAUAGCACAGCGAGCAGAACUCUGUACGUUAAUGAAAAACUACCAGCAAGCUCUUCAUGACGCGGAUGUGCUCUGCCGAAACAAACCCCACUGGCCUGCGGGUCAUUAUGUGAAAGCAAAAGCUCUUUCUGGAUUGGAAAGGACUGAGGAAGCAUUGAAGGAAUUUCUCUAUUGUGUUGCCUUAAAUCCUGAAUGGAGCUCAAUGAAGAAAGAAGCCCAAAAGAUAAUGUGUGAGAUGUUUUUCCCAGCCUUUGAAAAUGUGCAUGAUAGUCUAACAGCACCUUUCUCUAGUCGAACAUCCCACACAAGAUUGAAACCUGCAUUUCUGAGUAGCAUAAACACACAGUCGGCUGCAGAAGAUAGCUCUGUUGCUGGGUCCUCAAAGGAUACUGUGUUCAGGUUAACAAAAACCCCGUCCCAGGAAUCUGAUGUAUUUAGAAGCACUGACUCUCCUGUUUCCCAUCAUGUUCUGGAUCUCUAUUUUGAAGACAACAAGAAGUCUUUGGGAACUAUUCUCUCCAGUUUACCUGGGGCUGGCUUAAAAAGAAAGCUGUCCAGUGAUAUGAGGGAUUUACAAAGCUUGGAUGUCCCCAAUAAGAUUCCUAAAAAAGAUGCAGAUGUUGUACCUGAAAACACUGCCAUCACUUCAAGUGAAAUACCAACAACUCUGGUGGAUGCAGCGGACUUUGAGUGUUCCCUCUGCAUGAGGUUGUUCUACGAACCUGUUACCACUCCCUGUGGACACACCUUUUGCCUCAAAUGCCUUGAGCGUUGCCUUGACCAUAAUCCAUAUUGCCCACUCUGCAAAGAAAAGCUGUCAGAAUUUUUGGCAAGCAGAACUUACAAGAAGACCGUCCUUACAGAAGAACUAAUAGUCCGUUACUUGCCAGAGGAAUUAUCUGAAAGGAAGAAAGUUUAUGAGGAAGAAAUGAAGGAAUUGUCAAAUUUGAAUAAAGAUGUUCCCAUCUUCGUAUGUACCAUGGCCUUCCCUACCAUUCCUUGCCCACUCCAUGUCUUUGAACCUCGUUACCGCCUAAUGAUAAGAAGAUGCAUGGAAACUGGUACCAAGCAGUUUGGCAUGUGCUUAGCUGACGAAUUAAAAGGAUUUGCAGAUCAUGGCUGUAUAUUAGAGAUCAGGGACGUAAAGUUUUUUCCUGAUGGACGCUCAGUUGUUGAUACAGUUGGUGUCCGUCGUUUUAGGGUCUUAAGCCAUGGCCAGCGAGAUGGAUAUAACACAGCAAACAUCGAGUAUCUUGAAGAUAAAAAGGUUGAAGGACCGGAAUAUGAAGAACUUGUCCGCCUUCAUGAUUCAGUUUAUGAUCAAGCCGUUGCCUGGUUUACUUCUCUUAAAGAUAAUAUGAAAGUGCAAAUUCUCAAUCAUUUUGGGUCCAUGCCAGGAAAAGAACCGGAGCCACAGAGCAACCCCAGUGGUCCUGCCUGGUACUGGUGGCUCUUGGCAGUGUUGCCUCUGGAAAACAGAGCUCAGCUGGCUAUAUUGGCUAUGACCUCCCUUAAAGAUCGUCUUAUCGCCAUCAGACGCGUACUGAUAUUUGUGACUCGCAAAAGACCCAGAUAACGUGGACUUCAGUUGUGAGUGGACACCAAAAGCAUCUCACGACCAGUUGUUCUAGGGGAGGGCAAAAGGGGAGGGGUUGUCUUUUGGUUGGUUUUUUUUUUUUUAAAGAUUCCUCGAGAAAGGAAUGACCCUUUCUGACUUCGUCCAGCAUCCAUCGAUUGCAUUGGUUUGUUAUCCUGGGUAUUCACCAAACCUUGCACUCUCUCCUGUUGUCCUGGUGAAAUCUGAGCCUCUACAAAGCUGUGCUGCAGUUAGAACGUAGCUGAUAGAUAUGGAUAAUUGCUUCAAAGUACUACGAUAGAGUCGAUGUUUCUAGCCUGCAAGAGAGUUAAGUACUAGAGUAGCACCAUUGGCCUGCAUGUGAUUUGGAUUUCCGCUUGGUAGGAAAAGGAAACUGGACAGUGGAUUGAAGAGGUGUUUCCUAGACUUUCUUGAAGGUAGCGAACAGAAGAGGAGUUACGCUGCCUGG